AUAUGAUGCACGUCAUCCCAUAUCUGAUUUAAUGUUCCUUGUGUCCCAGGGGAGUGCUGAAACGGGCCAAUUCAUCCACAUUAAGGUACUUUGAAGAUUGUUAUACAACAGAGAAGUAGUGUAUAUACGGAAACUAAAUCGGGUUUGCACGUAGCCAUGCCUUGCACUGUCCUUGUCACUGGCGCUAAUGGAUUUCUAGGACAACACGUGGUCAAACUGUUGCAGGAAAGGGCCGAGUUUGUGGAUUACAUUGUCUUGCUUGACAAGGAUAUGUUCGUUCAGAAAUUAGAUUACAAGCCGAGAGUGACAGCAGAAUGUAUAACCGGCUCAAUUACGGACCCAGACGUGGUGAGAAAAGCCGUCCAGAAGGUGAACUGCGUCAUCCACUUAGCCGGGGUCAUUGGUGUCACGACCUUCCCCGACGCCAAGGCCAUGAAGGACGUCAAUGUGAAAGGGACCGCUUUGUUGCUGGAAGCUUGCGUGGAGUCUAACGUUGGUAUAUUUAUAUCGUGUUCUACACAAGACACGGUGCUAACAAUGGCGGACCAAAUAGACAUUGAUGAGACUUUAUGUGUGGAACCACACGAUCUCGGUUUUGGGGACUAUGCCAAGACAAAAUUAGAGGCAGAGCACAUCGUGCUAGGAAAACAUGGAACACAGCUGAAAAAUGGUCAGCGUUUGCAAACCAUUGUUCUUCGACCAGGGUUAAUGUAUGGAGAACUAGACUCAAUUUUUGUUACGUCAGUCAUACGUGCUACCCGGACAAACGGAGGUGUCCUGUAUCACUUCGGAAGUCCUCAGGCAUUUGGGCAAUAUGUGUAUGUCGGGAACGUGGGGUGGGGCUUUGUGUGCGCCCUGAGAAAACUUUUCCAUGGCAACUUUCAUGGAGGAGAGACUUAUUUCGUCGGAGACACGACUCCCUUAAUGAGAUUGUUCGAAUUUAACGAACUCUUCAUUAAACUUAAUGGAGGCAGGCUUGCAUCACGACCAAUUCCAUAUCUCCUGAUGCUGAUGGUGGUUUUAUUGUUGGAGUGGAUUGUGUGGUUGAUCUCCCCCGUGAAAGAAAUAAACUUGCCCGUCACGUCUACAGCCGUCCGCUAUGCCAACAAAAAGUGGAGCUACUCUUACGACAAAGCUAAACGGCAACUGCAAUAUUCACCUUUAUAUGACUGGGAUGAGAGUUACCAUCGAUCUAGCAAAUUCUACAAAUCAAUUAAGUGAUCAUCACUUGCAAGAAAUUUAAAGAAUAGAAUGUAGACGCAACUAUAAUUUCGUACACUAUUACUAAUGCAUGCACAAUGUACAUGAAUAUCACACCUAUUACUUAUAAAGACACAUUUCUAUAAAAUUUCAUCAAAAUGGUAUGGCUAAGAACGGAAAUGUUAGAAUAGAAUUUUCUUUAAAUCAAUGCUUUAAAACCUUGUACUGAAUGCUUUGUGCUGCGGAUCUUAGAAUUUAGAAAAAAAUAUUUACAUGCACCAUGUGUAUUCUGCUUAAGUUCUAUUGAAAGUCAUUGGUUGUCAUUUGCAACAACGAAAACACAGUUUGUCUCGAUCCGGGUGUUUGGUGCCGUUGUAUAUUCAAGAACUCGGGGAUCUAUUUCACGGCAUUGUUGAAAUUGUUGGAAAAAUGUUUUCCGAUUUAUCUAUUUAUUUUUUUUUACCUUUUAUUUGGAUUUAGUACAAUAAAAACCGUUUUCCUAUAUCA